AUGGUCUCCUUCUCAUGCGAGAACUGCGGCGAUAUCCUCACCAAGAAGAAGCUCGAUCCGCACCGCAACCGGUGUCGCGGCGCCAGUUUCACUUGCAUUGACUGUAUGGUGCAUUUCCACGGCACGGAAUACAGAAGCCACACGAGCUGCAUGACCGAAGCGCAGAAAUACCAAGGCCACUUGUACAGACCCGAGAAGGAAAAAUGCAAGGCGCCAAAUGGGAAGCAACAACAGCAACAACAAAGGCCCAAUAACAACAACAACAACAAUAACCGCGCAAACGCCAUUGCCACAAUCAAUGUGCCUCCCAAAGCACCCAGCCCUCCUGCUCCUCCCGCCGCCGCCGCCGCAGUCAACGUCUUUGACUACCUCGUGACGGACGAUUCUCCCAAUGCAUCGAAAAUGUCGCUCGGCCUCGUCCCCGCCCCGACCAACGGCGCGGCGCACGACGACGACCCUUCAUACGAGCGCAACGGAUACUCUUACGGCGCUGGACCUGUGACCGCAACCUCGCCCGCUGCGCGACAUGAACAAUCCGCCUUCCAGACUCCUGCCAAAGCAACAAAAACAACAACGACCGACGCUUCGUCAUCGACAACGAAAAAGGACAAGAAGCGCAAACGACACACCUCCGCGGACGACCAGGAGGAACAGAAACUGGCCCUUAAUGGCGCAGGACCACACUCGGACGAAAUGGCAAUCGAUACUCCGCCCGCCUUGCACUCCGGCCUGACGGGCGGUCUGAACCGCAUGGUCAUGGCCGGCGAGUAUCCUGCUACGCCAGACUACGAAGCGUCGCCCUCGAGUCCGUUAAAGCGCGCCAAGCCAACCCGUCAGUCUGCCGUCCCGACGACGACAAGUAUGGCGCUGACGAAGAUGAAUGGUACAACGAAUCGUGACGACCGCCACAGCCACCGUCACCGUCACCGUCGUCAUUCCGACAAGAACCCCGUGUCCCCCGCCGAAGAAGACGAAGAACAAGACCAGAAUCAACUCGUGCUGUACCGCUCCCGGGCCGAGCAUUUUCUUUCGUUUGUGACAAAGGGCCCCGAGAGCGAAAAGGGGUACAGCAUCAACAAGGCGCUGAAGCGGUACCACCGGGAGCGCCACGAUCGGGGUCUAGGCCUGGGUAAAGCCGACGAGGAGAAGGAGCUGUGGAAGAGCUUGAGGCUGAAGAAGAAUGAGCGGGGGGAGAUUGUUUUGAUUUCCUGA